AUGCAGGCCCCAGUGAUGACAAACGAGCCCAUUGCCAUCGUGGGCAGUGCCUGUCGCUUCUCUGGCGGAGCAUCGUCGCCCUCGAAGCUGUGGAAUCUCCUUCGCAACCCUCGCGAUGUUCGCAGCGUGAUCCCCAACAGUCGCUUCAAUGCCGAGAACUACUAUCACCCUGACCCAGCGUACCAUGGUCACAGCAACGUUCGACAUUCCUACGUGCUAGAAGAGGAUGUCACCGCUUUCGACACCGAAUUCUUCGGGAUCAAGCCGGUGGAGGCGAAGGCCAUCGACCCUCAACAACGUCUUUUGAUGGAAACCGUCUACGAGGGCCUCGAGUCGGCCGGGCUGACAAUAGAUGCCCUCAGGGGCAGUGACACGGGUGUCUAUGUUGGCCUCAUGUGUGGUGAUUACGAGGCCAGCUUGUUACGUGAUCCAAAAACUGCUCCAGUCUACGCUGCCACCGGCAUUGGACGGAGCAUUCUGUCGAACCGUGUCUCGUACUUCUUUGACUGGCACGGGCCAUCGAUGACCUUGGAUACCGCCUGUUCCUCCAGUCUCGUGGCGGUCCACCUGGCCGUGCAGUCGCUCCGAGCUGGGGAGUCCCGGAUCGCUCUGGCUUGUGGAUCUAAUCUACUGCUGGGUCCAGAGAAUUACAUUAUGGAAAGCAAGCUGAAGAUGCUGUCUCCAGACGGCCGCAGUAAGAUGUGGGACAAGGAUGCCAACGGCUACGCCCGUGGAGAUGGUGUUGCUGCCUGCGUUCUGAAGACUCUUAGUGCCGCGAUUGAGGAUGGAGAUGACAUUGAGUGCAUCAUUCGCGAGACUGGUUUUAACCAGGACGGAGCCACCACCGGUAUCACUAUGCCCAGCGCUGCUGCCCAGCAGGCCUUGAUCCGUGCGACCUAUGCCAAAGCGGGCCUGGAUUUGGAGAAGGCGUCCGACCGGCCUCAAUUCUUCGAAGCGCACGGGACAGGUACGCCUGCAGGAGAUCCGAUCGAGGCCGAAGCCAUCUCGCGGGCCUUUUAUGGUAAGGACUUUGACAUUAAGACCACGGAUGACCGUCUCUAUGUGGGCUCGAUCAAGACCAUCCUUGGACAUACCGAGGGUACUGCAGGCCUGGCUGCCCUGCUCAAGGCGUCGCUAGCUCUUCAGCAUUCGACUGUACCACCUAAUAUGCUGUUGAACAACCUAAGCGACCGAGUGGCUCCUUUCACUGCAAACCUGGAAAUACCCUCAACGGCCAAGCAUUGGCCUCAAGUCGUCCCUGGUCAGCCACGACGAGCCAGUGUGAACAGUUUCGGCUUCGGCGGUGCCAAUGCCCACGCUAUUCUGGAGAGCUACGAGCGCCCUCAGCUGAUUGAGGAUGGGAUCCAGAAUCAAUUUACCCCCUUUGUGUUCUCCGCCCUCACCCGUCAAUCGCUGCGUGCAAGCCUCUCCGCGUACGCUGAUUAUAUCCAAGAAAACACAUCCCUCAAUCUGCGCGACCUGGCAUACACCCUGCAGCAACGUCGGUCUGAGUUCCCUUACCGCAUUUCAUUUGCUGCUGCAUCGGCCGAUGACUUGGUGGCAAAGAUUCGGGGUGAAUUGGAAGCAACCAAGGCUGAAGAUCUGGGCGUGAGACUCCCGGCUCCCUCGGGAGGCAAGAAGCCAAAGGUUCUCGGCAUUUUCACUGGCCAAGGAGCGCAGUACGCUCGUAUGGGCGCUGAGCUGAUUGAGAAGUCCGCCACAGCUCGGAAGAUUGUCCAGGACCUGCAAGGUCACAUUGAGCAACUUCCCGAGGAAAUUCGCCCUGACUUCUCACUCGAGAAGGAGCUUCGCGCGGCCGCUAAUUCCUCGCGGGUUUUGACGGGUGCUUUCUCCUUCCUCUCCACCGUUGUUCAAAUCGUGUUGGUGGAUCUGCUGAAGCUCGCAGGCGUUCAUUUCGAUGCCAUCGUUGCUCACUCCUCGGGUGAAAUGGCUGCAGCAUACGCGGCCGGUCACUUGAGCGCGCGAGACGCUAUGUGUGUGGCGUACUUCCGUGGUCGAUUUGCUUCGAAGAUGGAAAGUCCCAACGGGCCUCACAUUAAAGGAGCUAUGCUGGCGGCUGGUAUGUCUCCAGAAGAUGCGCAGGCUCUGGUAGAAGACGAGCUCUUCGCCGGUCGCCUCUGUGUUGCCGCUGUCAACUCAUCCUCUAGUGUGACCAUCUCGGGUGACGAGGAUGCCAUUGACGAGGUCAAAACGAUCUUGGACGACGAGAACAAGUUCAACCGUAAGCUUCGUGUCGACCGAGCCUACCACUCCAACCACGUAUCGCGACGUCUUGCCGAUUAUGUCGCCUUGGUCAAGUCGGCAGGUGUCCGCGCCAUCGAGCCAACAUCGAACAACUGUCUCUGGAUCUCGAGUGUAUAUGGCCGCGAGAUUACAGCAGACAUGAACCUCAGUGACGAAUACUGGGGCGCAAGUGUCGCUCGGUCUGUGCAGUUCUAUCAAGCUCUCAAGCUUGCUCUUGAAGGAGGCGAAUACCAGGCUGCAAUCGAAGUCGGCCCUCAUCCGGCUUUGAAGGGACCCGCAUCGCAAACCAUCCAGGAAGUCCUAGGUAAGAGCAUUCCAUACUAUGGUGUGCUCAACCGAGGAUCGGAUGCUGCGGUCAGCCUGGCUUCGAGUCUUGGAUCUCUAUGGUGCCAUCUCGGGGGGCAGAAACUCGACUUGACUGGAUUUGAUCUUGCGGUGAAUGACGACCAGUCCACCCUCCGCGUGGUCAAGGGCCUUCCAAGUUAUAAGUGGAACCAUGAGGCCUCUUACCGUCAUGAGUCGCGAGCAUCAAAGAAGCACCGUUCUCAAAUCCAGCAAUUCAACCAGUUGUUGGGGACCAUGAAGCCGGAGAGCGCAGCUCACCAUUUGAGCUGGGGACACCUGCUUCGCGCCAGCGAGAUCGAAUGGGUUUCAGGUCACCAAGUUCAGAAUCAGACAGUCUUUCCUGCGGCAGGAUACAUCUGUACGGCGUUCGAGGGUGCUCGGGUCCUUGCAGGAGAGCGCGAUGUUCGUAUCUUCGAGUUGAAGAAUUUUGUCAUCCACCAGGCCUUGACCUUCAGCCAAGACGACGCUGGUAUCGAGGUGCAGACUUCGCUGUCUGACGUUCGCCAAUUAAGCGAUAACCACGUCCAAGCCAAAUUCACCUACUCCGCGAGCCUCGGAGAGGAGGAUCUCGCCCUGGUAGCUGAAGCGGAUCUCCAUAUCAUCUUCGGGAAGUCCUUGGAGACCACUCUUCCUCGUCGAGCUACCAAGCCAGCUCACAUGAUCACAGUAGACAAUGAGCGUUUCUACAAUCUCUUGGCUACGCUGGGAUACGGCUUCGAAGGAUCGUUCAAGUCUCUGCACACGCUUAGGCGGAAGCUGGGAACGAGUGUGUGUGCUGUGAAAUCAGUAUCGCGCGAUACGUUCGGACCGCCCUUGCUGGUGCAUCCUGCUGAGUUGGACGGUGGCAUCCAGUCUCUCAUUCUUGCGUACAGCUACCCCGAUGAUGACCAGCUUCUGAACAUGCAUCUACCUACCAGCAUGAGCAGCAUCCGUGUCAAUCCCGCUCUGUGCAAGUCCAUGACUGACAUCACUGUUGACUCGACUCUGGGCUCCACAAAGUCCGCUGGAUUCUCGGGUGAUGUCAGUAUCUACACCAAUGACUCCAGUUGUGCAGCAAUUCAGAUGCAGCGCGUUGAAUUGGUGCCCCUGGGUGCUUUGACCGCUAAGGACGAUCGCAAGGUCUUCUCCAAAUACCAGUGGGUCAAAAACAGCCUCGAUGGCGAGUUGGCUGCGUCGGAUACCACUGUGACAAAACAUCAUUCGGAGAUCUUGGAGGGAUUGGAGCGUAUCUCGACCUACUACCUCAAGAAACUGGAUGCAGAGGUGCCCGCCGACUCUCCGCUGAGAGGUAAGGAUAGCCCUCACAGCCAUUACCUUCAGUAUGCUCGCCACAUUGUUAGCCUGAUCCGGAAUGGAGAGCACAAGGUGGCCAAGAAGGAAUGGCUGAAAGACUCCUUGGAAGACCUCCGUGCGGCCACAGAACAAUUUUCGGACCUCAUCGAUUACCGCAUGAUGCACCUGGUUGGGCAACAGAUGCCGCGUGUCUUCCGAGGUGAAACCAACAUGCUGGAGGAGAUGCGCGUCAGCAACAUCCUCGACAACUACUAUCAGGGUGCUUUUGGCUCGCGGGAGGCUGGUUUCUGGAUUGGCAAGAUCAUCGCCCAACUAGCAGAGCGCUAUCCUCAUCUCAACAUCCUGGAAGUUGGUGCUGGUACCGGAGGUGCUACAACAAGAAUCCUGCAGAACCUUGACUCGAGAUUCUUGUCCUAUACUUUCACAGACGUGUCCAGUGGUUUCUUCGAAGGUGCUGCGGAGACAUUCUCUGCUCACAAGGAUCGUAUGGUCUUCAAGACCUUUGAUUGUGGUCAGGAUCCCGUUGCUCAGGGCUACGCUGAGGGAACCUGUGACGUGGUUGUCGCUUUCCUCGUCAUCCACGCCACCCCGGAUCUUGAGCUCACCAUGCGCAACAUCCGUAAGCUGCUCAAGCCGGGCGGUUUUCUGAUCGUCGGAGAAGGUACAAACAAUGGGCAACCGUAUGGCAGUGCCGGAUUUAUCUUUGGAUCCCUGCCGGGUUGGUGGCUUGGUGCAGAUACCGGCCGCCCUCUGUCACCAUUCGUCUCUUACUCCGAGUGGGAGAGACUCCUUCGGAGUAGUGGGUUCUCUGGUAUUGAUGCAACAGCACCCCAGUCAUUCCAGGAUAUCCUUGGUAUGACUGUGUUUGCUGCUCAAGCUGUGGAUGACCGGGUUAGCUUCCUGCGCGAGCCUGUCAGUCCUGAAGUCCUGCAAGGUUCGGCUGCAGUUGAGUACCCUAUCAAGAAGCUCGUCGUUAUUGGGGGAAGCACACCGAAGACUCUAUCUCUGAUCCGGCCUGUCCAGAGUAUUCUCAAAGAUACCUCCCACGAGCUCCACUCCUUUAACAAGUUGACGGAAAUAGACUUCGAUCUGAUCGAUGCUGAUACCACAGUCGUCAGCUUGUCGGAGCUGGACAAGCCUGUCUUCGAAGAUAUGACACCCGAUGAGUGGCUCGCUUUCAAAACGCUCUUCUCUGCUCCCAUCAAGCUUCUCUGGGUCACCAGUGGUCGGCUUAACGAGGACCCAUGGUCUAACAUGACGGUCGGCUUUGCUCGUACUGCGGUGUUCGAAGCCCCUGCUCUGCAAUUCCAGAACAUUGAUAUCGCAGAUCUAAGCUCGUUCAAGCCCGGAAGCCUGGUCGAGAAAAUUCUACGCUUCGAUGCCUCUGCCUCGUCGGGCAAGCACCUUCCGUGGCCAUUGGAACCGGAGAUCGUUAUCAAUGCUGAGGGCGAGGAGCUCGUGCCCCGUCUCCGACACAUCAAGGCCCGCAAUGACCGCUACAAUUCAGCUCGCCGCCCGAUUACCAAGGAGGCUGACAUUUGCAAAGCCCCUGCAGCCCUGCACAAGGAGACCGAGGGAUGGAAAUUGACAGAGCUUUCACGUUGGGCUAGCCCUGCUGAUACCAAGUCUCAAAUCAGCCUUGAGAUUAGCCAUGCCGUGCUGUCGGCCCUUCGCACGCCGCAUGGUCAUCAGUUCCUUGUUCUGGGGACCGAGCCCGAGAGUCAGGCACGAUUCCUGGCUCUUGUGCCAUCUCUCUUGUCGGUCAUCCAUGUGCCCAAGGCUUCGGCAGUUCCGCUGCCCGUUUCGACGCUAGCCGACGCCGACCUUCUGACUGUACUGGCUGCUCGUCUCGUCGCCAUGGCUGUGGUCGACCCUCUCAUUGAUGGGGAUACGGUUGUUGUGCACAACUCCACUGAGCUUCUGGCACGUACCAUUGCUAGCCAAGCGGCAAGCAAGAAUGUCCGCGCCUUCUUCGUAGCGGACUCGACGCAGGAGAACGUUCCUGUCUCUUGGACUAAGCUUGAGCCUUAUCUGACCCAGUCCGAGGUGUCUGAUAUCCUACCUCUCGACACCGCUAGCUUUGUCGGCUUAUCUAGCGAGCACUCUGAGAUCGAGUCAAACAUCAUGUCUAGCCUUCCUUCACACUGCAGGAAGGAGUCCAGGGCAACCUUAUAUUCGUCGGUUGGCUGGGAGAGCAGUCCUUCGUCUGCGCCCUUCCUGGGCCAAUUCCUACAGCGUGCUCUGGUCAGUGUGCAGACCGAGGCUGGAAAGAUCUCACAAGCGGUGUCUCGGACUGUUUGUAUUGAUGAUCUUCUGAACGAGCCAAGCCCUGAAGAGCCCACCACAAUCAUCGACUGGACUCGUUCCAAGACCUAUCCUGUCCACGUCAGCCGGUUGGACUCGGUUUCGUUCUUCAAGGGCGACAAGACCUACUGGCUGUGUGGUUUGUCGGGCGCUCUUGGUGUCUCUCUGGCCGACUGGAUGAUUGAACGAGGCGCGAGAUACCUUGUCUUGACUAGCCGUAACCCCAAUAUCUCCCCCGACUGGAUCAAGGCUCAUAAGCGCAAUGGUGUCAUUGUAUCUAUUGUACGCUGCGAUGUGACAAACGAGCCUGCUCUGCGUGCUGCUCAUCAGUCUAUCUGCGAGACUAUGCCGCAGAUCAUCGGUGUCCUGAACGGAGCCAUGGUGCUGAGAGACGUCUCGAUCCGCAACAUGUCAUUUGAACUGAUGAGCGAAGUGUUCCGCCCGAAGGUAUACGGAAGCAUUCACCUGGACCGCAUCUUCAAGAACGCCAAUUUGGACUUCUUCAUUUUAUUCUCGUCUAUCAACUGUGUCAUUGGUAACCUGGGUCAAGCAAACUAUGCGGCGGCGAAUACUUUCAUGUGCAGUCUGGCUGCUCAACGUCGCAAGCGCGGUCUGGCAGCUACUGCUUUGAAUGUGGGUGCUAUUAUCGGUGCUGGUUACAUGGAGCGCGAGUCCAGCAAGGCUCUUGACUUGACUGUGUCCAAGAUGGCGCUGAUGCACCUGUCAGAGCAAGAUUACCACCAGCUCUUUGCGGAGGGUAUCGAUGCCGGUCGUCCGGAUUCUGGCGACGAGGCCGAGCUCACCACCGGGCUUUUGGAUAUCCCUGCUGCCGACACGGAGAAUGCGCCCAAGUGGCACUCCAACCCUGCAUUCUUCGACUUUGUCGUUCACCGAGUUGAGAAGAACGGGACGGACGCAGGAAAUGAGGUUGUUACCUCGGUCCAGGAUCAGCUUGCUGCCUGCAAGUCAACCAGCGAUGUGCUUGCUGUCGUCAAGGGGAGAUUCGCCAUGCAACUUCGCAAUGUUUUGCAGAUGAACACUGCCGACGAGGACUUGAUGGCAAUGAGGAGCCGUGAUAUUGGUCUCGACUCCUUGAUUUCGGUCGAUAUCCGUUCGUGGUUCCUGAAGAACUUCGAAGUCAGCGUUCCGGUCUUGAAGAUUAUGGGCAAUGAUACUAUGGCCGAGCUGGCCGACCUUGUGGCCGCGCAAGUCCCAGCUUCGCUGCUGCCUGGACUUGGAGGUGAAGAAUCUCCAUCUGAUCAGCCACCUACCACGAACAAUGCUUCCCAGCCUGCUCCACCUGCUGCAAAUGAUGAGACCAGCUCCUCAGUGGACUCCAACCAGGAUGCCACAUCCACUGAAUCCAGCAGCGGCUACACCGGAACUAGCACCCCUACCAGCCUGGAAGCCACCACAGGACUCGUAUCGAAGGGACCUAUUCGCAUCGACUGGAAGGCCGAGAUCGCAUUGCCUCAGGCAGCGAAUAUUGACACCAGCGUGGCUCCUGCCGCCCGUCCUCGCACAAUCGUGCUCACGGGUGUCAGUGGACUGCUGGGCAGACACCUGCUCCUGCGUUUGCUGCAAGACCCAUCCGUCAAGGAAAUCAUCUGCCUCGCCACCCGCCGUCUUGACGAGCGCCUACAGUCAAAGGAGCUGGUUGAAGACAGCCGAAUCCAGUACUUCUCAGGUGACCUCGAAGACCCCCGUCUCGGUCUCUCUGAACAGAAAGCGGCUCAGAUCUUCAGCCGCGCGGAUGCUGUGAUCCACAACAGCGCCGACACCUCUCACCUCAAGUUCUACCCCGAGAUCAAGGCCGCGAACACGGGCUCGACCAAGGAGCUGAUCCGCCUCUGCACGGCUCGCAAGGUACCCAUUCAUUACCUCUCUACCGUGGGCGUGGCCCUCUUCGGCAACUACACCUCCUUCCCCGAGGUCUCGAUUGCGGCGCACCCGCCCCCGGUUGACGGCUCUCACGGCUACGUAGCCGCCAAAUGGGCCAGCGAGCGUCUCCUUGAGGAGUACAACAAACAACACGGGGUGAAUGUGUGGAUCCACCGCCCCUCAACCAUCAUCCGCGAGGGCGCCGAUGCCCAAAGCGCCGCCGCGCAGACCGACUGGAUGAACGCCUUGGCCGCGUAUAUGCGCAAGACCCGCGCUGUACCGACGCUGAAGAACCUGCGGGGUGCUCUCGACUUUGUCUCGGUGCACAACGCGACAAAGAGUAUUCUAACGGCCGUGUUUGCGAACAAGCCCAAGGCUUCCUCUGCGGGUGUCUCUUACACUCACCAGGUUGGCGAUAUUGUGAUUCCGUUGGACAAUCUUAAGGAGUUUGUGAUCAAGGAGACGGGUGCUGCUCAUGUCGAUGUGCUUCCGGUGGAGGAAUGGAGUGCUCGAGCGGUGGCUGUGGGAUUGAAUCGGGGAAUCGCGGCGUUGAUCGACUCGAUGGAUGACCCGGGUCAGCCUCACUAUCCUCGCAUGCUAAGGGGGGAGUAGACUGCAUGACUGUUAGUCUCGACUUGUAUGCUCAUU